CUCCAAUCUCAGAAGCCCGGACUUGCUGAAGCCCUCUGCAGCGUGGAGAAUCAUGGCUUUAAGAAAUAUCCUCCUCGCUUAUUUUCCGAAUUGAAAAUAUGAGUAUGCACAGCACAGAUCUUAUGGAGAGUGGCUUGAGAUUGGGCACCAAAGAGAGAGCAACAGCAACGACCAUCAAUGAAACCUGUUUGCAGAGAAACUCUGGCGGAGCUUCCUUUUCUAGGCUUCAAGUAACGGACAGAGGAUGCUCAAAAUGUCCAUGAUGUACCAACCUGGAGAAGAGACAGUGCUCUUUGUUCAUGCCAUGUAAAGGGUAUGAGUUUCGUGGUCCAGUGCUCUUUGGGUUUAUCCCUCAUCUCACUCUUCCAUUCUAAUUCCAGACUGCUGUAAUGAAAUGUCUCUAUUUCUGUUUCUAGUCAUGUGGCCCUGGCCCAGUUCAUUGAUGUUGGACACAAUGACCUGGAUAUCUGAAAAGUGUAUCUGGGAAUGCCUGGAAACAUUCAAUGAGCCAGGCUAGAAAGAGACAAAAGCAUAAGCAAUUUCUGUUCUCUCUGUGUCUGUCUCUGCCUGUUUGUCUCUGUCUCCCUCCCAAAUAACUUAAUGCAUGGUUAUCCCUUCUUUCCAGAGCACUUAGGAAUGAUGGACAGAUUUCUGUAGGAAAAUUAGUCAUGGCCCCGGGGACAUCUGAUUCAAUCCUGCUUGAAUUUGCUUUCCCUGCCUACAGCAGCCCACAGCUGGAGUUAGAGAUUUUGUCCUCACAUUAUGGGAAAUAAAGACAUUGGCAGGGCAGCUAAGAGCAUUCUGACAACUGGACAUCAGCUGUCCAGGGAAAGCUGCCUUGACUGGGAGGCCCCCAAGGAUUCUUUUGGGGAGCUGUGCCCCGAGGGGAAGGCACAUGCACUUGUGCACAAGCACUUGCAGCAGGAAAGCUGAGCAGCACAGAGGCAGUGGCCAUUUGUGUGAGCAACUGGGACAGAGAGCAACCUGGAUCCCACUGUGCACGUGCACUUGGAGUUCUCAGCAUCCAGCCUCCCCUGUGCACUUGGAGAUCUCAGCAUCCAACCUCCCCUGUGCAGUUGGAGAUGUCAGCAUCCAGCCUCCCCUGUGCACUUGGAGAUCUCAGCAUCCAGCCUCCCCUGUGCACUUGGAGAUGUCAGCAUCCAGCCUCCCCUGUGCACUUGGAGAUGUCAGCAUCCAGCCUCCCCUGUGCACUUGGAGAUCUCAGCAUCCAACCUCCCCUGUGCACUUGGAGAUCUCCAGCCUUUCUCACACUGCAGGCACUCAUUUGCAAACCAGUUCUAGCUACCUGCUAGAGUCACGGGAACUCUAGACCCAGGCAUUGAUUGGAAUAUUGACCCCAUGACCAUGACUGUCACCUGACUGGUCCUCUCCAGUUUAUUGCCCUCUAGUUCCUUGGGAUUCACACUUUUCUACCACUGUGAUUUCUGUAUUCUGUCUCAUCAGACAACAGCUGUUCUCCGUCUCCUGCAUCCUCACAUACUAUUGAUGAUCCUUUGUACAAAGACAGAAGAGUAAUUGCCCAAGUCAAGAGAUGCUCAAUGAAGUCCUAGAGUCUGUGAAAAAGAACUCCACUGACUGGCACUUUAAACCCAAAAGGCAAUUUCAAACAUAAAAAAAUCAGAGCCAUUCACAUAAAGAAGACUCCACUCAGUGCCUAGUAUUUCUUGGAUAUAUAAUAAUAUAUAUCACAUAUGUAUUGAAUAUAUAUACUAUACGUACAUAUAGUUUCAUGUAUAAUAUAUGUCCGUGUAUACUGAGUUUCUUGUGGUUGGGGGGGGCACUAAAAUACCUCUUGUCAGAAGAAAUUGUAUUUCCAUAUUUUUUGUUUCUUAAUCCUGGAAGAUUAAAAAAGAAUGUGUUCUGUGCACUGGUUAAACCAACCUGGGAUGGGUAACAACGCACCUGGCACUCAUAGCACAACUAUAGAGAAAUCCUUGGAGAGCAGGCUCCAGCAGCUAAAAUGCCAUUUCACCUGGAACUUGAUAACAGGAGAUGAGUCCUUGGAUGAGUUUGAGGACAGGGUGUUUAACAAGGAUGAGUUUCAGAACAGUGAGUGUAAAGCCACGAUGUGCAACAUCCAGGCCUAUGUCAACCACCUCAGAGGCCAAAACAAGGCAGCGCUGAAGUGUUUAGAGGAUGCUGAAUGUUUCAUUCAGCAACAGUAUCCUGACCAAGCAGAAAUCAGAAGUCUGGUCACCUGGGGAAACUAUGCUUGGGUUUAUUAUCACAUGGGCCAAUUCUCAAAAGCACAGGCUUAUCUUGACAAGGUGAGAGGGGUCUGUGAGAAGUUUUCCAGUCCCUAUAGGAUCGAGAGUCCUGAGCUUGACUGUGAGGAAGGGUGGGCCCGUUUAAAGUGCACCCAGAACCAAAAUGAGAGAGUGAAGGUGUGUUUUGAGAAGGCUCUGGAAAAGGACCCAAAGAACCCAGAAUUCACCUCUGGAUGGGCCAUUGCAUGCUACCGUCUGGACUACUGGCCAGCACGGCAGGACUCCAUUGACUCUCUGAAGGGAGCCCUUAGACUUUCUCCCAACAACUCUUAUCUUAAAGUCCUCUUGGCACUGAAGCUUGAGAUGGAAGAUGAAAACCAAGCAUGGGAACUAGUGGAAGAAGCCAUAAGGAAAGCCCCAGGUGAGACAGAUGUGCUUCUCAGUGCAGCCAAGUUUUAUUACAAGACACACAACGCAGACAGAGCUAUACAGCUGCUUACAAAGGCUUUAGAAUACCUGCCGAACAAUGCCUAUGCACAUUACCAUAUUGGGUGCUGCUACAGGUCAAAAGUGCUUGGAAUGGUUCAUAGAAGAGAGACUGCAUUCAAUGGGAAUCAAAUGAGGUUUCAGAAACUAAUACAACUGGCGGUUGACCACUUAAGGAAAGCAGAGGAGAUCAAGGAAUUUCUUGAACAUUCCUGUAGCUACCUUGCUGGACUUUAUGCCAUGACAAACAAGUAUGAAGAAGCCAAUUAUUACUUCCAGAAAGAAUUCAAGAAGGAUCUCAGUCCAGGCCUUAAACAGUUGCUCCACCUACAGUAUGGCAAUUUCCAGUUGUUUCAAAUGAAGUGUGAAGACAAGGCCAUCCAUCAUUUUAUGGAGGGUGUAAAAAUAAGGCAGGAGACGAAGCCUAAAGGAAAGAUGAUAAACAAACUUCAAAGAAUUGCCCUAAGGCGACUUUCUGAAGAUGAAUUUGAUUCUGAGGCCUUGUGCAUCUUGGAGUUUCUUAGGGAGUUGAAUGAAGAAGGCGAGCAAGCUGCUAAAGAAGCUGAGAGGGGGCUGGAUGCUGAGAAGGCUGCUCCUUCAGCAUCUUUGCAUGAGAAUGGGGAUGAGUAGGGGUGACAGGGUGCCUGCAGUGCUACUGCUGGCAGGAAACUGAAACCCUUACCAAGUUGCCAUUCAAUGUAAUUAACAACUUCGUGGACAGGAACCCUUCUAUCAAAUGUUAGCACCUGAAUUAUUAGGAAGAUUAGGAAAAUGUCCCUGUCAUAUGAAUACGUCCUUAUUCAACAGUGCUAUAAUGAACCCGCAUUAGAGAUGCUAGGAAGGACACUGGUGGGAGAAUAACUUGGUCACUGAGGCCUGGUGGUAGGAAAUGGCAUGGGGACUGGAGGGAGAAUUCUUUCCUCCAUUAGAAAUGUUGCAAACCAAGGAAUAGAAAAACUUCUUUGAACUCUGAAAAAUACUCAGAAAACAUCACGAAACUGAUGACGGGUGUUUCCUCGGUAGAUCUGGAAUGGCCUAAACAUUAAGGUUGAUGUGCUGCAGCAGAGAGGCGAUUGGCCCAACGUGAGGCUGACAACUGCCUCUGGGAUGAAAAUGUUUCUCUAUCGGCAUUAGUUUGCUUAUAAGUAUAUAUGAACAUUUUUAAGCAAUCAAAAUAUAUUAGAUUAAUAGGUUCUGAAAACUGGACAUUCUAACAGCUGUAACAAUGUUCCCUGCUAUUUUAACUAUUAAAAAGCUUUGUAUGCACUUAAGUCCAUCAAUAGACAGCAUUUGAAUUUAUUUGUUAAUAAAUAACACAUGCUAGAACAUUGAGCAGUGUUCUGGCUGAAUAAAAAUUUUACUAUACUCUCACUGUCUUAGACUUAAGUACUACUAAUAAAGAGUGGCAUUAAUUAUUUUGCA